UCUGCUCUUCACACGCCUGCGGGGGCGCCAGGGCCACUGGGCUCCGCUGAGCAAAAGCGGUCAGAGGGGAGCCGGAGUCCCGCGUCCUUUCCCGAGGCCACGCCAGCAUGCCGAGAUGGGACUUACCCAGAGGUAGCGAGGUUUUCCUCACCUGCCCCGACGUGCUCUUCAUCCCUGAGAUUGUCUUUGGGGGCCUCGUGUGGAUCCUGAUCGCCUCAUCCCUGGUGCCCAUCCCUCUGUUCCAGGGCUGGGUGAUGUUCGUGUCUGUGUUCUGCUUCGUGGGUACCACUGCCCUGCUCUUCCUGUAUAUAAUUGACAUCCACCACAGGAAGACUUCCUGGUACAUCUUCGACGUUGCUUACCACUGUAUUGCUGCCUUUAUUUACAUCAGUGCCUCUGUCCUGGAAGGUUUGGCCAUGAACACCAUGGAAUAUGAUUUGGACUUCAACCAGGAACAUUACCUUCAAAACUUUGCAAUGGUGUUUUCAGCCCUAGCCACUCUGCUGUACAUGUUUCAUGCAUGUCUGUCUUUCAUCAGACUGAUGAUUUAGCUGAAAUCCCAGACUGUGAUAACUGAUCAGCCCACCUUCCAGCAUAACCUUUCAGCAUGCAGAAAUGCUCUCGAUCGUGGAAAUAAGAAACCAAAAGAAGAGCAAUGCAAUGUGUCUUGUGGAUGUUAUGCUGACUCUCCCAUGUCCCUCCUGUCAGUGUUGGGGACCUGCUGUGCUUAACCUCUUACUACUGAGCCGUCUUUCAGGAACAUCUUCUAUUUGUGAAAGGGGGUGGUGGGCUGGAGUGUGGGGUCUGUGAUCUGAGAGACCACAAAACAAAGAUCCCCUGGUGAGCCCUGGACCGGAUCUUGCGAACUCUCUGCUGGAAUCUUCCACAGGCUCUUUUGAGCCCCCAUCUGGCGGCAUGUUUCUACGUCUUCAUGGAGAUUCUCCCUGUCAUAAGGAUAAAACUCACCCAACAAGUACUUGCAGAUGUCCACGGUGAAGAUGAUAAAGCUUUAAAAUACUUUACAAAAUGACUUUAUGUUCAAUACUUUUGUGGGGUGUUUUCUUGUUUUUAUUUUAAUUCCCCUGUAUCAGGACACCAUCUUUCCAGCUUUCUUUCUGAGGAAUCCUUGGCUUAGACUGAAUCUCUAGAGGCGGCAUCAAGUGGCAGUUCAGAUGACAGCUGUGUGUGCUCGGCCACUGCACUCAGAGAGCCCGGCGCUCGGUCUCCCACCCUUGCCAGCUACCAGGGGCCUCAGAUGGCUUCACGUCUCUGGAAACUCGUCAAGUACCAGCCUGGGGUCCCCUUCUUUUCCCUGCAAGACAAAGGAGUCUGUGAUCAAUUAGAAAAUCCUCAAACCACAAGCCAACAAGGUGCAUAAGUUUCCUCUCACUCUGUGAAGCUGAUCAGAGAUGUUCUGGGCAGUGGGCUCUGUGUUCUGUUCCAGUUAGUGAUGUGGCUAAUGAGCUAUGUUUAGAAUUUCCUUGGGCCACUCCAUAGGGGAGAAAGGGGACCAGACUGCAGAGUGACAGGAAGUGAGGCGACAAGUACCACAUUUCAGGGAUAAGAUGCCCGGGUUGAAAGGAGAGGAGAUAAUAGGAAGGGGCACUCAGUGAGGAAUCCUGAGAGUCAGCUCCUGGCAUGAAGUGCUCCUUCAUCCCUUCACUCAAAGAAUCCGUGAUGUCCCAGAGCUGGGGCACUAGACCAGGAGCCUCAGAAACUGCUCAGCCCCUAACCGUGGAGGCGGACGGGCAGGGCUGGCUGACAUCAGGCUAGCAGCCAUGAGGGCAAAGCUUCCAGCCUCAGGCAGAGGUUUAACUAGUUGACAUUUUCCUUCCUUUCCACUUUGGGGACCUCAUGACUAAAGUGGGUCUCAGUGGCAUCUCCAGGACGUCCUCUGUUAUCCCAGGAUAAUUAUUCCAGAAAAGGGCCACUGUUAGUGAGUUACCUUAAAACAAAAUUUAAGUAAAAAUCUUCAUUGUAAAUUAGAAGCAAAAUGUUUGA